AUGCCGAGCUUCUGCCCCAAAUGCGGGGACUUUGUGGAGGAAGACGCAUGUGGAAAAUGCGGCGAGAAGGCGGUGACGACCAAAGAGAACCCAUGGAAGGCGGCGUCCAAGGUGCCUGGAGGCGACAAUAUGAGCGUCCCCGCGGUGCCCACGGCCUUCACAGCGGCAGCGCGUAUCAAAAUGAUGGGAGUGCAGCCCGUGCCGGAGCCCGCGCGCAAGGAGCAAGCGGUGGCUCGCUUCAACUUCGUCCCGCAGGAUCCGAGCACCCAAUUGGCGCUGUCCAAGGGCGACGAGGUGGACGUCGUACGUAAGGAUAACGAUGGCUGGUGGUUCGUCAUUAAGGACGGCGAGAAGGGUCUCGUACCCGGUUCGUACCUGCACAUUGAGAACCCCAUCAUCCCCAUCACGGAUGCUGCGAUUCUCGCAGCGCGUGAGGCCUCCAACCAGCGCUUUAUGGAGUUACAACGCACCACUGGAGGCACUGGACAGGGAGCAGAGGCAGGCGUGGAGUACCAGUCGCCGCUGGGAUUGGAGGCUCUUGCUAUUGCAGACUCGUGUGCACCCAAGCCCCCGAAUGGACCAGCGCGAGGUGCAGAUGCCAAGUCUGGAGGCACAGAAUUCAAGCCUGGCGAGGUGCGCAAGCUCAGGAAAUGUUACGCAUGCAAGGAGACGAUCUUGGGCCGCACGAAAGUGUGCAAGGACCAGAUUUUCCACGAAAUCUGCUUGUUGUGCAAAGGUUGUCGUGAAUCUAUCGAGGAGGACGAGGAUUUUACGCUCAUUAAGAAGAAGGCGUACCACGCGGACUGCGCGAAGGACGUCAACCACUGUUUUGUGUGCGACAAGGAGAUUCUGGGUCGAGUGUACCGCGCUGGAGAUGGCGCUUUCCACAAGCUUUGCAUGGUUUGCUCGGUGUGCAACAAACAGUCGAAGGAAGCUGGAGCCAAGCUUGAGAACGACCUCCUUGUUUGCGGCGAAUGUGUUGCAGAGAAGGAGAGAAAGGAGCGAGAGGAGAGGGAAGCUGCGUUAGAACGGGAGCGCGCAGCUGCGAAGGCGAAGGCAGAAAAAGAAGCAGCUCUUGCGGCGGCCAGAGCACUGGAGGAAGAAAAGGAGCGAAAAGCACGCGAGGCACAGAAAGCUGCCGAGGAGGCCGCUCGCGCGAAGGCCAAGGCGGAGGCUGAAGCGGCCGCCGCUGCUCGUGCACAGGCAGAACGAGAGGCAGCAGAGGCCGAAGCUAUGCAGAGAGCUGCCGCUGCGGCUGUUGCGAACGGCAACGGGCGAUCUGGGACUGACAGUCUUCGAUCCAGCACGUCGAAUCUGGACGAGUUUGACCUCGAGGCCACUCCUAUCGACAUGUCCGGCCACAAUGGACGGAUCUCUGAAGUGUCAGACAUCGAUUCUCUUCUUAGCGACGGCGAUUACGCGGGAUACAUGGGCAAUGGUCAAAGGGAAUCGCUGCGCUUGUCGGAGGUGCUGGACCUCGAGUCUUACGACGAUGAUCGCUUGUCCGACCUAAGUGGCAUCUCGGAAGGCGCAGGUGAACGCAACAGACAGCGACGAUCUACGGUUGAAAGGACGGUGAAAGAAAAUGAAGAGACCUUCUCGGAAGACGAGGACGACCGCGAGCUGUGCGGUGGUUGUGGCCUCGUUCUGGAGGGAGAAGCGGUCGGAGCCCUGAACCAGUACUUUCACUAUGAGUGCUUCAAAUGCAGCCACUGUAGCCGUGUUAUUGCUGAAGACGAUGGCUACGCAGAGAAGGACAACCAAGCGUUCCACCAAGGAUGCUAUCAGGCUCGUUUCGGCAAGAAGUGCCACCGAUGCGACAAGGUGCUUAAGGGAAAAGUGGUCAAAGCCCUCGACCAUCUUUACCACCCAGACUGCUUUGUAUGCUAUCAAUGCAGUGCCUCCCUUUCAGAGAGUUUCUUCGAGCACGAAGGCCAGGCUGUUUGUGCGAAAUGCAAACACGAAGCAAUCGCGCAGGACGAGCCGAGCUUCCCAGAGAACAUGGCCCCAGUGUCCAAGGGUAUUGCUGGCUAUCGGUUCGACGCCCAGGAUGACACACAACUGACUAUUUAUCCUGGCGACGAAGUCGCUAUUCUCCAGAAGGAUGACGAUGGCUGGUGGCUGGUGGAUCUGCGCAACAAGCGUGGUUACGUACCAGGCUCCUACUUAAUUGAGCGCCCCAUUGAAGAGCCGAAACCUCAGCCGAAGAAGAAGAAGAGUGCUUUCAAGAGUAAACCCAAGCGUAAGCCGGGUCUUUGCAGCUCAUGCUCGACACAGAACCCGGUGGAGGCGCGUUUCUGCAGAAGCUGUGGUAACAACCUGAUGGCCUAA